AUGAGAACCGGAUAUGAAAAUUUAUCCGGUGAUGACGUAAAAUCGAACGAUGGUUUCGAAAACGGUCAAAUUAACAAUUUCAAUUCGAAAACAAAUAGUAAAAAACGUUUCGAGUAUUUAGGUUACGGUAGUCAAAGUGAACAUUUUUCCCUUCCGGAUUCUCCCGUUAACGAUCAUUUUUCAAACGAGGAAAACUUUGUUUCCCGUCAAAACCCGGUCGAUAAAAAACAAAGUAAUAUAAUCAAUCAAAAGAAAAAGGAAAAAUUACUUUGCGCUCACGAUCAAAUCGAUUACGAUGUAUCGGAUAACGUGGAAGAAGAAGACUAUGGAAGCGUGGCCGAAUGCAUGGAAAGGUUGAAAAACGAAGACACGGAAGAAGAAUUCAGUUCGGAUUCUCUGGAAAGCGAAACGUUCGGAUCGUCCUGGUGUCCGAGACGAUGCGUGAGCGAUUAUCAGAUAUUUUCGAAAGAAUGUCGAAACCUGACAUUGUUCAGCGAAAAAAACUCGGAAGAGUUGAGCGACACGGAUAUAAGCGGUUUGAAUUCUCUCCAGGGAAGCGGCGACAUAUUAGAAAUGCAAGAACGCGAUGUUAAAUCCUUCCACGAUCAUCGUCGCGUCGUUGCCAUAGAACGUCACGGAAGCGUGGAUUUAUCGAAAAACAAAUGGGAAAAAAAAAAUGUCGAAAAAUUAAAUAAAAGCGUUGAAAAUAUAUUGUUCGUAGACGAUGACGAAAAAAAACAAAAAUCACCGCCGGGAUUAUUAUCAUUAUCGCGAACGGGGAGGAUCGGGAGCGAACCUCUAUGUAAAAAAGAAAGUGUCAUUAAAAAAUCGGAUGCUUUUUUCGUGGAACUAACCAACAAUUGUCGAAACCGUUCGACAAAAGGUGUUGUUAAACCGUUGAGAAUACACAAUCGAUCAUCGAAUAAAAAUGAUGGCACGACGAUCGGAGGGAAACCAAUGUCGCUUCCAAAUCCGAUUAUAAGAGAUUCGAAAAUUAAAAAAAAAGAUGGAUCCGGAAAAAAAUUAUUAAUGCUUAAAACCAAUCAACUCGUUUUGCCGAAUAAAGUAACUCAAGAUGAAAAUUCUGGAGAUGAAGAAGGAUUGAGAAGAGCCAUAUCUCUUUCUGAUUUGUCAGCAUCACCGAAUCUUCAAAUGAGUUCUUCGUCUAAGGGGAAAAUGGCGGACGUCAAAAUGGAUAAUAAUAAUUCUAACGGAUUUAAUAACUAUAGAACAAAAUCACGUGGUCAAUCCAUGGUCAGGUGCAGUUCGGUGGGGGGAUUGAAUAGAAUGGAUGGAGAUUUGGAUGGUCAAACGACGGUGGACAAUAAAAAAACGGGAACGGUUAAAAGUCUCAUGAGACCGACGAUAUCGAGUCAAAACAAAAUGGCUGCCCCAACGGUAUCGAAAAAUCAAAAUUUAUCCAAGAGGAGAACGGCGGCUUUUUCAAGCGUUAACUUGACGACGGUUGGUAUCAAUGACGAUUCAAGUUCGGAAGAAACCGGUUUCGGUCGUACGAAAUAUUCUGAUAAAAAUAAGUGA